UGUUCCUAUUCCUAAGUUAUUUUACUACUAAUCUUUGCACACUUUUGCUGACAGAAAAAGUCAUCAACCGCCUCUCUCUCUCUCUCUGACUGACUCAAUCUCUGAAACACUCCACUUCCUCCCUCUUCUCUCUAUAUCUUCUCUUCUUCUAAUGAAUCAAGGAGUAGUAGUAGCAGCAGCAAUGAACACAUAAAUGGGUAAGGCAACAAAAUGGUUUCGCGGGCUUUUUGGUCUCAGAAGGUCUUCUGACUCUGCACCACCAACCUCUACCGCCGCUCCAAAACCACACAAAGACAAACGCCGUUGGAGUUUCGUUAACUCUUACAGAGAGAAUAAGAACCUCCACCAACAUCGCCAUCAAGUACGACUCCAUGCUUCUUCUGCUCAUGACCCUGCCAUCGAGGUGGUAGCCGCCGCUGGACUCAAAAGCAGCGGCAGCGGCAGCGGCGGCAGAAGUGCCGUCUCUCGCGAAGAAUGGGCAGCCGUUAAGAUUCAGGCGGCGUUUCGAGGCUGUUUGGCAAGGAGAGCACUAAGAGCCUUAAAAGGAUUGGUGAAGCUGCAAGCGUUGGUGAGAGGUCACAUUGAGAGGAAGCGCACUGCACAGUGGCUGCAAAGAAUGCAAACUCUCUUACGAGCUCAGGCCCGUGCCCGUGCCUGCCGGGCCCAAAUUUUGCAGGCCCCUCACUUCCAUGUUCCAGCAACACCAGAGAAAUUUGAAACACCAGUCCGUUCUUCCAGCAUGGAAUAUAAUCACUCGCCAUCAGUACUCAAGAGAAAUGGUUCUAGAUCCCAUGUCACCAUUGGCAAUCGAGAGAUAGAACGAUCGUGGACUCAACGAAGAUCAUGGACAAGGACUUGUAGCAUGGAUGAUGAAAGAAGCGCGGGGAUUUUCGAAAUUGACUCUGGAAAAGCACACAAAAAUUCGAAACGCGGAAAUCUCUUUGACUCGACGAGUCAGCCAUUGGUUUCAGAUCAUUACAGGCAGAGUUUCGCCACCACAAGGGACUCAACAUCUCAUCAAUCGGGUCAUAGUCCAUAUUCCUGUGAAGUUGAGGAGAAUUCAGUGUGUGAUGCUGUCAAUUUUACUUAUACUCCCACAAAGAGUGACGGCUCUAGUAGAAGCUACCUAAGUAGUGGUUGUUGUGAGUACUAUCCAAGUUACAUGGCUUACACUGAAUCUUCCAAAGCCAAGGUAAGAUCUUUGAGUGCACCGAAACAAAGACUCCAAUAUGAGAGGUGUGGUUCAUUCAAUAGGUUCUCGCAAACACAAAGGGUAUCAUCUACAAUGCGUGCAAGCUUCACUAGCAAAGCCUAUCCAGGUUCUGGGCAUUUGGACAACCUUGGAUUGCCCCUCGGAUAUAGAUACUGAAUUUAUGUAUAUGCUUCUCUCAGUGUUAUCUUUUGUGUAGUGUCAAUGUGAUCGCUAACCUAGCUAGGCUUUUGAUUUGAUUCUUAAGCACUAUACUUGUAUGAUCAGCCAUAUAUAUUCUAUGUGUUAAAAAUUUAAAAUGGCUUACUAUAAGACGACUAGUACUUUUUGCUU